GCGACUGUUCUCAUCCACCGCCCUCGUCCUUCGUGAUUUCCACCGAUUAUCCGUUUCUUCCCCAUCUCCUUCGCACGAAUCGGAAUAUUUCAGCGCCGGAUCCCAACACCUUCAGGUUCAAUACUCAGGAAUUCUCUAUUUGCGGUAACGAGUCAUGGGUCAAACUCUCUCGAGUCCAGCGACGGAUAAGCAUACGGAGACGGGAGGAGAUGAACGGUAUAGCUAUGCUGUCUCGGAGAUGCAGGGGUGGCGAAUCUCCAUGGAGGACGCACACACGACUGUCCUGCGAUUAGAUGAGGAAGCAGAGGAGAGUAACACCUUCUUCGCUGUUUACGAUGGUCAUGGUGGAGGAUCCACUGCACGAUUCGCCGGUGUAAACGUGCACAAACGUUUGGUACAAGAAGAGUCGUACAAGGAGAACAAGUAUGAUCAGGCGCUGAAGAGAGCGUUCUUGGGCACGGAUGAGGAUAUGCUCGCUGAUCCAUCCUAUACGAGAGAUCCUUCGGGGUGCACGGCUGUGGCCGCCUUGAUCACGAAGGACAAGAAGAUCUAUGUUGCAAAUGCAGGCGAUUCACGAAUCGUCCUUGGUGUCAAAGGACAGGCCAAGCCAUUGAGCUACGACCAUAAGCCUCAGAACGACACCGAACGAAGCAGGAUUAUGGCCGCUGGUGGAUACAUCGAGUUCGGCCGUGUCAAUGGCAACUUGGCUCUUGCUAGGGCUCUGGGCGACUUUGAGUACAAGAAGAACUACUCUAUCACACCCGAGAAGCAAAUCAUAACAGCAGAUCCUGACGUCAUCGCACACGAUAUCACAGACGACGACGAGUUCCUCGUGCUCGCUUGCGAUGGUAUCUGGGACUGCUUGAGCUCACAACAAGUCAUCGACGUCGUUCGUCUCCAGAUCUACGAAGGCAAGGACCUCCCCGAAAUCUGUGAGAACAUCUGCGAGCUCUGUCUCGCACCCGACACCACCUCCGGCGCCGGCAUUGGCUGCGACAACAUGACCGUCAUGAUCGUUGCUUUCCUCAAUGGAAUGACCAAGCCGCAGUGGUACGACAUGAUCAGGGACCGCGUCGACAAGAACGUUGGGUACAGGACGCCGAGGGAAAUGCCCCAGAUCUACACGACGACCCGUCUGCUCACGUUCAGGGCCAGAAGGGAUGCUCAGGCGGAGAGAGACAAGGAUGGUGGUCCGGCGAACGCGUUGAAUGGGAGCAUGCUCGGUGGGCCGUCUGCGUUCAGUGGUCUGCAGAGAGUAUUGGGCAGCACCGGUGGGAUCUCGUUCCACCCUGGCUCGAGUAUCCUUAGCGAUGCGGGAACCUUGAUGUUCGAGCAGGACGACAGUGAUGAGGACGAUAGCGGGGAUGAUAUGGACGAGGAUACGGCCUCGGAGGGGGGCCGUACACUGUUCGGGCAACCUAUUGGAUCCGGCCGCGAUGAGUCGCCCGAGGGUUCCAAGAGCUUGAAGGAGCAGCUGGACGAGUUGGAGAAAGGGGAGGAAGAGAAGGACUCCGAUGGGGAUGUCAGGAUCGACGACGCGGAUGAUGAAGAGGCUCUCAAGGAACCCUUCGACAGCGUCAUCGACCUCUCGGACGCUGAGAAGGAUCGCGCGGAAAAAAGCGCCGCGUCGCCUUCGUCGUCGACAUCGACACAGCCGUCCCGAGAGGGCGAGGCACCCCCACCGCCGCAUUCUGUCGCGAAUGGGGAUGCGAAUCCGGCGCAGCUCAAGUCGCAGCCUGGGGGGGAUGAGGCCAGUGACGCCGUGAAGGCGGAUGGGCUCAUGGAUAAGAGCGAGGACCCGAUGGUGGUGUAAGUUUGUAGUUCUUUGGACGCUCGUACGCGUACUGUAUACACAUAUGUGCUGUUUGUUUCUGUGUUCUGGUUCAUUCUCACCUUCCUCCUCUUUCUCAUCUUUUUCUCUGGCUCAUCUCAUUCUCUGCGCUUGUCACAACGAUUCUGGGCUGCCUGCCAUCUUUACCCACCUCUCCCCCCUUUUAUCCUCCCGAUUGUCUCCGUGUCUCCGUCUCGACUAUCUCUGUUCGCCUGGUGUUGCCGUGUCUUCUCAAGUACAGAAUACUUACAAUGUGUGUGUGACUUUUUUUAUCUAUCUACAUGGGGUGUUCAAAUAAUCUU